AUGGUUGCUUCUAGUGGCAUAGCUUCUCUAUUAUUGCCUGGAGGUAGAACUGCACAUUCAAAAUUCAAAAUUCCAGUUCCAGUUUUUGAAGACUCAACUUGCAAUAUCCAUCAAGGAACUCAAUUAGCUGAACUAUUAAAUCAGACAAGUCUGAUCAUUUGGGAUGAAGCACCCAUGGCUCAUAAAUUCUGUUUUGAGGCACUUGAUCACAGCCUUAGAGAUAUCAUCAAACACAACUCAAGGGACAAUAAAAGCUUUGGAGGUAAAGUAAUGGUCUUUGGUGGAGAUUUCCGACAGAUCCUGCCAGUCAUUCCAAGAGGCAGCCGCUCUGAUAUUGUUAAUGCAACAAUUAAUUCCUCUUAUCUAUGGGAUUAUUAUCAGAUCUUGAGGCUGACAAAAAACAUGCUCUUACAAAACAACAUGCAAGCAACAGAUCAAGAAGAAAUUAUGACUUUUGCACAAUGGAUUAUAGAUAUUGGUGAUGGUAUUAUUGGACAUGACAAUGAUGGCUACGCUACUAUUGAAAUUUCACAUGAACUAUUAAUCACAGAAUAUAAUGAUCCUAUUCAUAGUAUAGUUAGCUCUACAUUCCUAGAUUUAUGUCAUCAUCACAAUGAUCGUGAAUACUUCCAAUUCAGAGCAAUAUUAGCUUCUACAAAUGAAACAGUACAACAAGUUAAUGAUUAUAUACUUACAUUGAUACCAGGUGAACAAAUGGAAUAUCUGAGCUCUGAUUCAGUUGACAAAUCCGAAACCAUUGAAAGUAGUCAUUUCUGCUAA